CAGCGCGGAUGCGUAGGCCCGCGCGUCUGAAGUGCCGUCCUUGUACUAUCUUGGUUUCGUCGCGGCCCCAUUCGUGAUCAUCGAUUUGAGGUGUUGGCGUAUCACAGAGCUCUCGCAAAGAUGGCGGACAUGCUGAGCGCAGCCACCGACGGCGGCCACCUGGUCAAAAUGGAGGUGGACUACAGCUCGUCGUGCGACGAGAAGAUCCCACUAUUCAAGAAGAUGGCUGCCGAUGGCCGACUGCAGGACGCCAUCAAUGGACUGCUGGCACUGGAGAAGCAGACGCGCACGGGCGCCGACAUGCACUCCACCAGCCGCGUGCUGGUGGCCAUCGUGCAGGUGUGCUUCGAGGCCGGCGACCUGCAGCAGCUCAACGAGAGCAUCAUCACACUCACCAAGCGGCGCAGCCAGCUCAAGCAGAGCGUCGCCAAGAUGGUGCAGGAAGCCUGCACCUACGUGGACAAGCUGACGGACAAGGAGCAGAAGCUCAAGCUGAUCGACACGCUGCGCACGGUGACAGAGGGGAAGAUAUACGUGGAGAUUGAGCGCGCUCGCCUGACGCACAAGCUGGCCAUGAUGAAGGAGGCCGACGGCGACAUUGUAGGCGCCGCCGACAUCCUGCAGGACAUGCAGGUCGAGACGUACGGCAGCAUGGAGAAGACUGAGAAGGUUACCCUGAUUCUGGAACAGAUGCGGUUAUGUCUGCUGAAAAAGGACUACAUUCGCACCCAGAUCAUUGCCAAGAAAAUAAAUAUCAAGUUCUUUGAAGCUCCAGACACACAUGAAUUGAAAAUGAAGUAUUAUAAUUCAAUGAUAGAGCUGGAUCAGAAUAUUGGAACCAGCAUAGCCAUCUGCAAACACUACAUGGCGAUCUACAACACGCCCUCCGUACAAGCUGACGAGGCGAGGAAGACGACGGCACUGCGGCACGUGGUGCUGUACCUGGUGCUGGCCUCCUACGACAACGAGCAGUCGGACCUCACCCACCGGCUUCUGCAGGACAAGACGCUCGAGCUCAUCCCCACGUACAGGUCGUUCGUGGAGCUGUUCACGAACGCGGAGCUGAUCCGGUGGGCGGCGCUGGUGCAGAUGUACGAGGCGCCGCUGCGGCGCGGCGCGCCAGACGCCCCGGCCACCGACGUGUUCGCCGACACCGAGGCCGGCAACCAGCGCUGGGAGCAGCUCAAGAAACGCUGCGUCGAGCAUAACAUUGACGUGAUGUCGCGGUACUACCGGCGCGUGCGUCUCUCGCGGAUGGCGCAGCUGUUGGAGCUCUCGGAGGCCGAGGCCGAGGAGUUCCUCUCGCAGAUGGUGGUGAGCGGCGCCGUCCAGGCCAAGACCGACCGGCUGGAGGGCAUCGUCUCCUUCAUCAAGACGAAGGACCCCACGGACAUCCUGACCGAGUGGUCGUCGGGCAUCUCGUCCCUCAUGCUGCUCGUCACGAAGACCACCCACCUCAUCAACAAGGAGGAGAUGGUGCACAAGCACCUGCUGCCCACCGCCGACUGAGCGCCGCGGCGGCGGGAUCGGCUGGACUCGCUGCUGAUGCCACACCAAGGAGCGCGGAGCACUGGCGCGGGCCGACGCCACCUGAAGUCCCGGCAUGGCGCGACGCGUGACGCGUGACGCCGCGCCGAUGGCGUGAGGCGUGACUGGACGGCGUGCGACGUGACGGGACGGCGUCGGACUGAGGUGCGGAGGGUCGUGACCCGGUGGCCCCACGCCCGCCUGCGGUGACCUGCGGAUGAUCUGCCGGCCGAGACCUGGACCGUGCUCGAGGCUGGUGCUGGUGCUCCGGCCCACGCGCUCAUUCGAAGUGGGUUCGGUCGGAACAUGUGUCGAAGCGUUUAGGUGUGGUUAAAUACAGACAUUGUACAACCCUGG